UUAAUACCCAGGAACGCAGAGAAGAGAGCUCUGCCGAACGCAGACUGCUGCCGCUUAGACAUUGGCCAUUGCAAUAUGACUUUUUGUUAGAGCUAACAUGUCAAUCCUGCACAAAUCCGGACGACCGGUAGAUGGCAGCAAAGAAAAUUUCCUGUAUUUCUGCCAUCUUUGCAGGUUGUGUGGAUUUUUGCAACUCAGACAUCUUAACUUUACUUUUUUGAGCUUUGAUGGAAGAGAGAGUGUAGGUACAGAAAAUGUAUCAGUUCUUUAAGUUGACUAGUUGGCAACCUUUUGCUUAUUUUACUUUUUCACCAUGGCUUCCCCAAAACAAAGUUAAUACCUGGAUUAUUAAAAUAACGGAUCAUAUGUUUUUUGUUCCCAACAGCUGUAUUAUAAUGGCCUCUUUAAGGGUGCCCGUCAUUGAUGUCCAGGAUGACAAUUUCAAGGAGCUCUGGCCAUCCAUGCUUUUGGCUAUCAAAACUUCCAGCUUUAUUGCUGUUGACACAGAACUUAGUGGGCUUGGAACAAGGAAGAGUUUGCUGAAUCAGUGCAUUGAAGAACGAUAUAAAGCGGUUUGCAAUGCUGCUAAAACACGCUCUGUUUUGUCUCUUGGAGUUGCUUGUUUUAAACACCUUCCUGACAAGACAGAGAACACAUAUCUUUCCCAGAUCUACAACUUGACCUUGCUGUGUAUGGAUGAUUACAUAAUUGAACCACAGUCAGUCCAAUUCCUGGUGCAACAUGGCUUUGACUUCAACAAGCAGUAUUCUCAGGGCAUUCCCUAUCAUAGGGGCAAUGAUAAGGGAAAUGAAAAUCAGAGUCAAACAAUUCGUACUUUUUUCUUGGAAAUAAUUCGAGCAAGAAAACCUAUCAUUCUGCACAAUGGCCUAAUUGAUUUAGUUUUCCUCUACCAGUGCUUCUAUGCCCACUUACCUGACAAUCUGGGCACUUUCACUGCUGACCUUUCAGAGAUGUUUCCAGCCGGCAUCUAUGACACGAAAUAUGCCUCAGAAUUCGAGGCACGCUUUGUAGCUUCUUACCUAGAGUAUGCCUAUAAGAAGUGCAAACGAGAAAACUUCAGGUUGAAAGACUCCAACAAACCGUAUCUCAGCAUAGAAUUCUGCAGCUAUCCUGCCAGCAUAGAUGCCUAUGUUGAAUACCGGUUCUGCUCUGUGGCUGAUGUCAGCCAGGCUCAAACUGACAUCGCUAACAAAAUUGUCAUCUGCCAGCCAUUUUCGGCUUAUGGCUGGUGCCCAGAUGGGUUGAAAUGUACACAAUCUCACAAUAUUGAUCUAAUAAUUAAUGAGGAUGAGAAUCAGAAAGAAUCGAAGCGGAAGACAAGAAAACAGAAAUGGAAACGGCGGAAGAACUUAGCAGAGUCAACAAAAGUUGAACUGAGCAGCCCUGUGAAUGAUGUACAGUUGGCUUGGGAUAAGGAAAAAGGUUCCCCUUCCAAACAGUCUUGCCCUAGUAACUUGAUUGCUCCUAUUGUAGAUAGUGCAGAUGCAGAAAGUGUGUCUGGUAAUGGGGAGACUUCAAUGGAUGUGGAACAAGAACUAGUUUCCAACAGUGCAGUUGAUGCCAAUGUUGAUGGGAAUGCUGCCAUUGCCACAGACAGUGAGAGUAUCAUUUCUUCACCAUUCAAAGAUUUCCAGCAGGAAAAGGCAAUAAGAAGCGAAGGAGCAGAGCCAAAAGUCCAGUUACAGAGCGAUUCUGCAGUCACCUCUUUGCCUGUCACAGAUACUGUAGCACCAUCUAACUGUUCACGGGGGAGUAUUCACCGGGCUGGCUUUGAUGCCUUCAUGACAGGUUACAUAAUAGCCUACAUCCAGAUGGUCAAGAAUGAUAAAGAGAGAGACUCAAAUGACGGGCCUUGGUUACCAGAGUGCCACAACAAAUUGUACCUUAGUGGAAAGUCUGUGCCUCUUCAGAUUGUGAAAAGUUUGUUUUCCAAAUCUUCCAAAGCCCACAACCAAAAAAUGAAAUUGGUAUGGGACAGUAGUUAGAAGUAAACAUCACACUGCUCAGGAUCACAGAUAACGCUAUUACUAUCAAUUGUUUUCUUGAAGCCGCAAUACUCAAACCAGAGCUGCUAAAGAGACAUUAAUAAGACGAUAGAAUAUGUGCAGCUGCCUGAAUGGAUUAUGGAUUUAUUUUUAAAUGUUUGUAAAAUUAUGUAUUAAAUUUCCUCAUUGGAGACAGAACCUUUACACUGUGGAUGAAGCAUUUCUUCCCCCGUCCCCCAAAUGCUUAAGAAAGCACUUUCUUUGACAAGGCUGGUGCACAACUUUAAAAAUGGUUUCCCAUUUGUUGUGUGUUCAUGCUCACACAAUGCUGCUUGGGGAAUGGCAAUGCAUAUAUGAGAAGACAGCUGGCAUCAGUUUUCAAGCAGCCUUGUAAACUCGCCCCCAAUAAUAAUAAUAAUAAUAAUAAUUAAUAAUAUGCCUUAACCAUUCAGAGAAAUGCUUUGGUUUUAACCAAGGGAACUGCAGAAAAGCCUUUUUACAUGAUUACCUUGCACCAUCAUCCUAAUGUUCCUAAGGUCAGGUAGUUGGAUCUAUUCCCUGCUCUCUAACGUCCAUGUCUUCAGCAGAUGUUGUGAAAUCAUUACAGCUCUUCGUGCAAUCUAGAUGCCUGCUUUAUUAGACUUUCCGAUUUAUAGACUAGUACUAGCAUUAGCUGCUUUUCAGAAAUCCCAGCUUGUAGAACCUGACCAGAAUAGGUAAGAAAUGCAUUACCCACCUUUUAAAACCCUUCUACAUUCAGGUGAAUACUUGAGAACAGUUAUUUUAGUUUUUGCUUAACUCAUUAAAUUUGAAGAUUUAAGCCCCAACUCUACCACAAAUAUUUUAAAUCACCAUUAAUAGGAUUCAUUUGGCCUUAGACUAACAAAGGAGACAAGCUUGUCUUUUACUAACAAUAUAAUAUGGAAUAAAUGACGCAUUAACGUACUAUCCACACGUAUUUGAAAAUCUGCACUGAAAGCAAACACCUAUUUGAAUCAUAUUCUUUACUGGCAAGAAUGAGGUAGAGUUUUCAACAAAUCUGAGUUUGUCUAAAGGAUAUGGAAUGCAUACUUGAAAUUUCUAAUCAAACUUUCUGAAAUUUUGUGGGACUUUUGUUUUGGAUAAUGAGAAUGCAAACGUUGAGUACCAAAUAUAAGUCCAUCUAUUUUUAUAGCAGCCCAAAAGAGAUUGCAGUCAUCUAAAUCCACUACAAAGCUCUCAAGGCUUCAGAAAUCUAACUGAAUCUGGCCUACCAUAACAGGUGAUCAUUGAUUUUCUUAGCAAGCAGCUGGUUGUCUCUACUCUUUCUGGAUAUCCUUUUGGAAUCAUGCUUUGUCCUUAAAUGUGAUUUAUAUUAUACUGCUUGUAUAUUAUACCCCUUAAGAUGGGGUAACAAAAAGUUAAGGAAAAGAUAAGGAAUUUGUGCCAAAUUGUCUGGGUUUUUCCCCCCACAGUUCUAUUGCAGCCUUAUUUUUCUAAUCCAAAUUAAGCUGCUUAACUGUUGAGAAGAAACAUUAAUGCAGGAUGGAGUUACAAAUCAACUUAAGGCCAUAGGCUCCGAGUCCCAUUCUAGUAUAAUAAUUCAAAAGGAUAUUUUAUUAUUCUCUGCCAUCAUCAAUCUUUGUUGAAAUAAAAUAUUGGUGUUUUCCUUAUUAAAUAAUGUUUAGUUUUUUUGUAUAAAAAUAUUUGACAAACUGGAGGCUUUUUAUCGGUUAAUUUAUUGUGCCAGGUCUUCUUGCAAUACAGAUCAUCAAAGUUAUGUAUUCCAGUUCCACACAACAAAACAGUAAUGAGAUCUCUUGGAAGCUAAAAAAUGAUUUUUUAUUAGUCUUAUCUGUUCCAGAUACAUUGCUUGGGAAGCAUUAUUUGAUAAUAACUUUAGUGGGGUCAAUAAUGUUCAACUUUU